GCUGGAGUUGGGGGAAACCAAGCACGCAUGAGACCGCUGAGACCGCUGUUUCAGCGCCCUGCACGUCAAUAAAUAAUGAGGACUGAAAGAAAGGGAAUACAUGUGGGUUUGACAAGCGGCGCAGGCGGAUUGUGCAGCUGUGGUGGAACACGAGCAACUGGAUACAUAUGAGGAUAAAUGGAUGAUAUUUGUACGACCAGGACAACGUGCGGCGGAUUGCGCGGCGCCAUCUGCAGCUGCAGCGAAGGGCAUACUCUGACACUCUAGGACUUUCCUAGAUGUAUCUGACUGCAAUUGUGGCUGAUCUUGGACGCAUAUGCCGUAAUUACUAAUUACGCACAGAGAGCACAGUUGAAAGCGCCUGACCACAGUGUGAACCUUGGUUGCCCUAGGAAGCUCACUACUGAUGGUGGAUGUGAGGUGGUUGUGGUGGUUGGGAUUGGGAUCGAAGUAGCAACCUUGACACUGUUCUGUGCAGCUAAACGUGUGAACCUUGGUGGGGAGAGAGAGUGAUCAGGUUCUCCGUUCCGUCAGCAGCUAUGGCAGCCGGGUCGGCCCUUUGCCCAUCUACGUUCUCCACGUGGAAGCUCCAUGGUGAUGCAAGUGACAGAGAAAGCUUUGUUCCUCAGAAGCAGAACACUACAAGAGUGCGGCUGAUUUCUUCGGCUGUGAGUCUAUCUCCCAUCUUUCACGUGGGAACCUCCUUGUUUCGGAAUCAAGUUCAGUACCUGGUAGCCAACGAGACACAGCUGUUCCGGGAGCCCUCGUCAAUAACGCACAGCGGUGGACGUCGAUGCCUACGGCAGCUCGCAUGCACUCAAUGGGUGAUUGGGGCAGGUGAGAGAUGGUUAUCAAGAGGUAGGAGAUGCGGGACAGGAGGAGGAGGAGCAGGAUGGGAAGGAGCAGGCCAGAGAAGUUUGUGGCAGCCCGAUCACGCAAGUCUGAACAGUCGUCAGAAACGAUCAGCAGUUGACAUCAAUUCCGGCAUGAGCUUGAUAGCCCGUGCAGCUACAGCAGAUAUGGGAUUCACAGCUCAAGCAGGAGAGCAAGAGGGAGGGGAGGAGGUGGGAAGCUAUCAGCUGGACGAACCCCAACGGCAUGCUGAUGACAGCCAAAAACAGGUGCCCUACGACUGGCAGGCGGAGUGGUACCCGGUCUGGUAUUCCCGGGAAUUCCCUGACGGGAAACCCGUGCCCAUUACUAUCUUUGACAAGCCACUGGUGCUGUACAGAGAUAGUGCAGGGAUAGUCCGUUGUGUGGAGGACAAGUGCCCACAUCGGCUGGCCAAGCUCUCGGAGGGACAGUUGUUGAAUGGGAGAUUAGAGUGUUUAUAUCACGGUUGGCAGUUUGAGGGAGAGACUGGGAAAUGCGUGCAGAUUCCACAGCUGGCAGAAGGGGCAAAGAUCCCACAAGCAGCGUGCUUGACAACCUACCCUGUUGUGGAGAAGGAUGGAUGCAUCUUUGUCUUCAUGACAGCUACAAGAGAUUUGCUUCGGGGCGGCAAGAACGAAAACAACGGGAAAGACGAAUCUUCCUCGAAAACCAACUUCCUAGAUAAAGCACUUCAGAAGCUUCCGGAUUUUUCAUAUCCAGGUUUCAACAUUUCCGAUUCGCUCUCGGACCUUCCUUACGAUCAUUCUUUUCUGAUUGAGAACAUUAUGGAUCCUGCCCACCUCCACAUCUCGCAUGACGGAAUACUGGGUGGUGGGCGUCGAGCUUAUGCAGGUCCAAUGAAAAUGCAGAUUGUUGAACGAUCAGAUCGCGGCUUCAAGGGCAUCUAUCCCAUCACAGACCGACCAAAUUUACCAGCAAAGGUUAUGGUGCUCAAGUCCCAAUUCCUUGCGCCAUGCCAUGUGAUCAACUUCCUGUGUUACUCGUCCGAAGGGUAUCAUGUCAAUCAGGUGGAUGAGAAGGGUGCUGGCAAUUUAUAUCAGGUAUCCAUCUUUUCCUGUGUUCCUCUUGGCUUUGGCCGUUCCAGGCUGUUCAGCAGAGSGUACCUGAGGARUAAYAUAAUAAAUYRCAUUCCUCKCUGGUUYWUMCAUCUGAAUGSUACAWURRUCCUCGAACAAGACAUGGGCYUGCUCGCAUCUCAAGAGGCAUAUGCUCGUGCACUUCUGAGAGACAGGCCACUAAGCAGGCUGUACCUCGCACUGGAKACAUCCGAUCUCCUUCUSAUKGAAUAUMGGAAAUGGCUYGAUAGAGUUGGCCAUGGCAUGCCAUACUAUGARGGCUAUAGGACSUCCAAGCUUGUGGAUGACGCAUCRCKAGUCAAUGGUGGGAUGCAUGUCUAUCCCACACCAGCAGCAGCAGUGGCUGCCUCAAGUGCUGUGCAGGGCAACAUCGGUUCCAUGUAUUUGCCGAACCCAACUAACAGGUACUGGUGGCAUGUGGUGAACUGCUCUACUUGCUUACGAGCGCUUAAGAACUUCUGCAUCCUGCGGAACGUUUGUGUAGGUCUUUCUUUAUUAACGGGCUUUACUGCACUGCUUCUGGGCCCAGGAAAGCAGCGAGCAACCGCGGGACUUCUUUGUGGAAUCAUGAUUGCUGCUGCAUAUGCCGUACAAAGUCAGGCAAUUUCCAGGUUCCAGACGGCCUGGAUACGCCCUCACAAGAGAUAAGAUGUGGUCCAAACCUGAGCUAAAUCUUCUCACAGCUUCAGGAGCGAUCUGUCUUCUUAAAAGUUCACUCUAUCAACAGGACUUCAACUCUAGACCUGUUUAUCAACGGUUCUGGCGUCCGCAUCCCACUGCGUGCUUGAAGACGAUGUGACAGCCAUGCUAGGGUUCACAUUCUCAUCACCUUAAGCAAUAUCUCUACAGAAACAAAAUUAAAGCUAGCACUGCUAUUAGCCUUACAAAAAAAAAAAAAAAAAGCCUAAGUCGUAUUUCCCCGAGCAGGUGAUUCCUUUGAACGACGGAGCCUUCAAACUUGUUGAAGGAGUGGAUCUGCUGGGUGUCGUGGCAAGUGCAUACCACUCAGCCACUCGGCAGGUGCAUCUUUUCUUUGUUCUCUUUCAUCUCAGCUCUAUCAUCACUUCCUCUUUUCAUUUAUUCGGCUCUUCAUCUCUACUAUGUGUACACUAUGGGGAACACCCACUGACCAGUACCUCUCCCUAGCCCAUGGGGUACGUUUUGCCCCACUGUGUUCUGAGUGCUGGUGGCGAGAGCCAAGCUGUAACAGCCCCUCACCACAGUGAUGUGGGACUCGGGAGGCAUUACAGGUGGAAAUCCCAGCAGUGCUAGUGGGUAACACUAUGGCAAGUCACUGCACCUCCCGUUUCCCCCUACCCAGCCUACACUAGAGGUGUGCGACAGCCAGCAGUGUUCAGUUACACCGGAGGAUGUUGGCUGUGGCCCUGCUAAUGCUGGCCUAGGGUGCCAGUUGACUAUCUCUAGAUGGGAACACACCGAGUAUGCCCAGGCACAUACAUGAUCCCAAUGAGCAUUUUAUCU